UCUUUCAAUCCUGGAAAAAAAAGUUUUUCCCGUUUCAGUUUUUUUUGUUUGCUCUUUAAUUUUGGCGGAGGUUCUCGUUUGGUUCCCCGUUGCGUUUCCAUGAAAUCGAGCGGAGUGUCGCUAGCCGCUGCUGCCUGCGCUGCCGCUCUCAGUCUCGGCUCUGCUGGUGAUGAGGAAAAGAAAAUGGCGGCGGGAAAAGCGAGUGAAACCGAAGAGGACUUUCCUAGGCUGACAGCGCAGGAGAGAGACAGCCUGGCCGAAAUAGACAGCCGAGUGUUUGGAUUUUUGAGGCUUCAUGAAGAUGGCGCCAGAACGAAGGCCUUACUGUUAAAGGCUGUUCGCUGCUAUGAUUCUUUAAUCUUGAAAGCUGAAGGAAAAGUCGAGCCAGAGUUGUUUUGCCAGCUAGGUCACUUCAACCUCUUACUGGAGGAUUAUCCAAAAGCAUUAUCUGCAUACCAGAGGUACUACAGUUUACAGUCUGACUACUGGAAGAAUGCUGCCUUUUUAUAUGGCCUCGGUAUGGUGUACUUCCAUUAUAAUGCAUUUCAGUGGUCCCCUUUUUCCCCAUCUAGGCAUUUGCAGUCCCCCUCUACAGCGACCCCUACUGGAAAGAGAAGGGCAAUUAAAGCAUUUCAGGAAGUGCUUUAUAUUGAUCCCGGCUUUUCACGAGCCAAGGAAAUUCAUUUACGACUUGGGCUGAUGUUUAAAGUCAACACAGACUACGAAUCAAGUCUAAAGCAUUUUCAGCUGGCUUUAAUAGACUCAAAUCCCUGCACUUUGUCCAAAGCUGAAAUUCAAUUUCACAUUGCUCAUUUAUAUGAAAUUCAGAAAAAGUAUCGAGCUGCGAAAGAAGCUUAUGAACUCCUUUUGCAGACUGAAAAUCUUCCUGCGCAAGUGAAGGCAACCACUCUGCAGCAAUUAGGCUGGAUGCAUCACACCGUGGAUCAGCUGGGAGACAAAGCCAAUAAAGAAAGCUAUGCUAUUCAGUGUCUGCAGAAGUCUUUAGAAGCAGAUCCAAACUCUGGACAGUCCUGGUACUUCCUCGGCAGGUGCUAUUCAAGUAUUGGGAAGGUUCAGGAUGCCUUUAUAUCUUACCGACAGUCCAUUGAUAAAUCAGAAGCUAGUGCGGACACAUGGUGUUCAAUAGGGGUGUUGUAUCAACAGCAGAAUCAACCAAUGGAUGCGUUACAGGCCUAUAUCUGUGCUGUGCAGUUGGACCAUGGCCAUGCUGCAGCCUGGAUGGACCUGGGCACCCUCUACGAAUCCUGUAACCAGCCUCAGGAUGCCAUCAAAUGUUACAUUAAUGCAACCAGGAGUAAAUCGUGUAGUAAUACCCCUGCCCUCACAGCACGGAUAAAAUACUUACAGGCUCAGUUGUGUAACCUUCAACAAAGUAGUCUACAGAGUAAAACUAAAAUGCUUCCUAGUAUUGAGGAGGCAUGGAGCCUACCAAUCCCCGCAGAACUUACCUCCAGACAGGGUGCCUUGAACUCAGCACAGCAGGCCUGUAAACCUCAUCAGAAUAAUGAAGUAGGCCUUGGUCAACCACAGAUGUCACAGCAGUCCUUGCCUCUGCACAUGGCUCCUUCAGGCCAAGUAGAUGACCAAUCAAGUCCUGCUAAGAGAAAAAGAACAUCAAGCCCAACAAAGAAUACUUCAGAUUCUUGGGCAAGUGGCCACAAUGUGUCACACCAUCCAGUCCAACAGCAAGUUCCUAACUGGUACUUAACACCACAGAAAUUACAGCUCUUGGAACACCUUCGGACAAACAGGCAAAACCUGAAGCCACUUCAGCUACAGAUGCUGGAACAGCUCGAGGGGCAGCUUGCCUUGAUGCAGCAGCACCAGCAGCAGAUGAGACAAACAGCAGCUGGGCAGGUACGACCAACUAGAGUUCCUAAUGGGCCAACAGUCGAUUCAUCACUGCCUACAAACUCUGUCUCUGGUCAGCAGCCGCACGUGGCCCUGACUAGAGUGCCUAAUGUUGUUCCGUCUGGAGUCCGUCCAGUCUGUCCUGGGCAGCCAGUGGCAAACGGAUCUUUCCCAGCGAACUCGGUUCCCUGCAGCACAGCUGGAAUGCUGGGUAAUACAGACACUAUUUCUGUAGGCAAUAAUCACAUAACAGGAAUGGAAAGCAACGGAAACGUGCCUUACCUGCAGCAAAACGCACUAAGUCUACCUCAUAACUGCACAAACCCAACCAGCAGCAGCACAGAGGAGCCGUGGAAAAACCAACACAUUAACUCCACUCAGGGGCUUCAGAAAGGUCAGAGUUCACAUUCGGCGGGUCCUAAUGGUGAACGACCUCUCUCUUCCACUGGGACUUCCCAGCAUUUCCAGGCAGCUGGCACUGGUAUUCAAAAUCAGGUUGGACAUCCCACCAUGCCUAGCAAUUCACUAACACAGGGGGCUGCUCUCAAUCACUUCUCCUCUCCUCCUCACACGGCUACCUCAGGCGGACAACAAGGCAUUACCUUAACCAAAGAGAGCAAGCCUUCAGGAAACAACAACGCAACAUCAGUGCCCGACAUCAGCAGGCACUGUGAAGGGACACCAAACAGCACUGCCACUGUAGAGGGACUCCCUAAUCAUGUCCAUCAGGUGAUGGCAGAUACUGUUUCAUGCCCUAGCCAUGGAGAAUCCAAGUCACCAGGUGUACUUAGUUCAGACAAUCCUCAGCUCUCUGCCUUGUUGAUUGGAAAAGCCAAUAAUAUUGGGGGUUCUGGAACCUGCGAAAAAGUCAAUAACGUUCACCCGGCGGUUCACAACUCAAAGACUCGAGAGAAUUCUGUUGCCUCUUCGCCCUCAUCAGCCAUUUCCACAGCAACCCCUUCUCCUAAAUCGACUGAACAAACUACUACGAACAGUGUUACCAGCCUUAACAGCCCCCCCAGUGGAUUGGGACAUAAAGUUAAUGGGAAGUGUAUUGAGGACUCGCAAAGCCCAAUGAAAGUCGACCCUCCUUUGAUCAGUCACAAAUCUAACCCUCCGCUUGCACCUUCAUCUUCUGUCUCUAUAUAUCCCAGCUCAGUAGAUGUACUCAAAGCAUGCAGAAAUCUCGGUAAGAAUGGUCUAUCAAAUAGUAGCGUUUUAUUGGACAAGUGUCCACCCCCACGACUGCCUCCUCCCCCUUAUCCUUCGCUGCCAAAGGACAAACUCAACCCUCCUACUCCUAGUAUUUAUCUGGAGAACAAGCGAGAUGCUUUCUUUCCACCUUUACACCAAUUCUGUACAAAUCCAAACAACCCUGUCACAGUAAUCCGUGGCCUUGCAGGAGCUCUUAAACUAGAUCUCGGCCUUUUUUCUACCAAGACAUUAGUAGAAGCAAACGCUGAUCAUCUGGUGGAGGUGCGGACGCAACUGUCUCAGCCCACGGACGAAAACUGGGACCUAACUGGAACGAAGAAAAUGUGGCGCUGUGAAAGCAGUCGGUCCCAUACUACCAUUGCCAAAUAUGCACAGUACCAGGCCUCAUCAUUCCAGGAAUCAUUAAGGGAGGAAAAUGAAAAGAAGGGCCACAAGGACCACUCGGACAAUGAAUCAACAUCAUCAGAUAAUGUCGGCCGGCGGAGAAAAGGACCCUUCAAAACCAUCAAAUUUGGGACAAACAUUGACUUCUCAGAUGAAAAGAAGUGGAAGUUGCAGCUUCAUGAGUUAAGUAAGCUCCCUGCGUUUGCACGAGUUGUGUCUGCAGGGAAUCUCCUGAGCCAUGUUGGACACAUCAUCCUGGGAAUGAACACGGUUCAGCUCUAUAUGAAGGUUCCUGGCAGCAGGACGCCUGGUCAUCAAGAAAACAACAACUUUUGUUCUGUUAACAUCAACAUCGGCCCAGGGGAUUGUGAAUGGUUUGCUGUUCCAGAGUCCUACUGGGGUGCCAUGAAUGAUUUCUGUGAAAAGAACAAUAUAAAUUUCUUAAUGGGCUCCUGGUGGCCAAACCUAGAGGAUCUGUAUGAGGCGAAUGUCCCUGUGUAUCGGUUUAUCCAGCGUCCUGGAGACCUGGUUUGGAUCAAUGCAGGCACAGUCCACUGGGUUCAGGCUAUUGGCUGGUGCAAUAAUAUCGCUUGGAAUGUUGGACCACUAACAGCAUACCAGUAUAAACUCGCAGUGGAGAGAUAUGAGUGGAAUAAACUACAAAGUGUGAAGUCUAUUGUUCCCAUGAUUCACCUGUCCUGGAACUUGGCACGGAACAUUAAAGUGUCAGAUCCCAAGCUCUUCGAAAUGAUUAAGUUCUGCUUGUUGAGGACGUUGAAGCAGUGUCAGAUGUUGAAGGAGGCUCUCAUUGUUGCAGGGAAAGAGAUUGUAUGGCAUGGAAGGGGAAAGGACGAGCCUGCUCAUUACUGUAGCAUCUGUGAGGUAGAGGUCUUUGAUCUGCUUUUUGUCACUAGUGAGAGCAAUUCUCGGAAGACCUAUGUAGUGCAUUGCCAGGACUGUGCUCGCAAAGGCAGUGCAAACCUGGAAAAUUUUGUGGUGCUAGAACAGUACAAAAUGGAGGACCUGAUGCAAGUCUAUGACCAGUUCACAUUAGCUCCUCCAUUGCCUUCAUCUUCAUCUUGACAUUGACAUUUAUUGUUCUGUGGACUUUAUACAAAAUGAAACAUUUCUGAUAUUCAGGAAGUGACCCAGUUGUGCACCACUGGUUUCUGUAGCUAUCCCAUAAGGCUGCUGGCUGAAAGCUGUGUGUCUAUGCAACCUUCCAAGUGCGGAGUGUCAACCAACUGGACGGGAGGUGGUGCUGCUCCUAUUCCAGAACUAUUUAUAGCUGUCUCAGCUGUGCGCUUGUAAAAGUGAAAAAAAUGUUUUGUAUAUAUAAUUAUCUGUCACAACUGGCAACAUCACACAAAGACUACUGACUCGACCUUCCUCUUUUGUAUUACUUGGUUUCUGGGCUGAUAAAUUGGUUCAUUAUCUUUUUUUUCAUUGAAGUUUCUCUUAAGAAAAUGAGUACUAGCUUAGCUGGUCUUUUGUAUGGUAGAUAGACAUUUUAAGUCUCUUUGGGUAACAAAAUAUAAAAAAAAAUUUGUAAUGUGAAAAGUUAGGUGAAUAUAAUUUUGUACUGCUUUUAUGUUUUAUCUGUCUUGUUAUUUUGAAACCAUGGUAAUUUUUGGUUUCUUAGGUUUAAAAAAAAAAAAAAAACAAAAAGAAAAAAAAAAAAACAGCCAAGUCACAAAGAUAAAUGGGUUGCACAUAGACUAAGGAAUAAACAAAUUUGUGUUUUUUUUUGUUUGUUUUGUUUCUAAUCUUGAUGUAAAUUUACACUAUUUAUAAAUACAUAUUUAUUGCUUGAAAAUAUUUGUGGAUGGAAUGCUGUUAUUUUUUCCCAGAGUACCUGCCAUUAAAUUAAGGAGUUUUGUCAUUUUAACACUACUCCUAUUAUGUUUUCUAUAUAUAAAUAAAAACUGCUUAGCAUUGUACAGAAACUUA